AUUAUCAUCUUUUUCAUCUUACAUUCUUCAUGUGAUCAUGUCAACCUCGUGCUGGAGUCUCAACCGUUCUGUUUCGUCCUCCAUUCAUUUCUUCGUUCCUUCACCUUCAUUGUUCGGUCCUGCGUUGUAUGGUCAGCGAGGCAGCUCGGACUGUGGACCAGCAAAGGGUCUCGGGACACAUCGGACAGACAGUGCAGUGGAGGUCAGCUCGAAAGAAUUGCGUAAGGCCACAGAAAGUGAAGGCGACAGUGUCAACAGAGUGCACAGUGUCUACGUCUAACUUCAGGCCUGAAGGCCUCAGGGGCAAGAACUCUAACAGUACUGUUCCUCAGUGUGUGCUGGUGUUUGGUGGUUGUUGUUGUUUUGUUUUUUUUCAUUGAUAUUUUACCUUACUAACAACCCUCAUUACCUUUUCGUUUCGCUCUUUUCACGAACUCUACUUUGUGUUUUUUGUUUAUGCUCCUCUCUUCUAUUUUUAACCACCUGAUGCACAUAAAAGCUGGGCCGACCUUUGACGACCCGUAAGUGGUCUCGCGGUGCGAUGACACUUCGGCCCGAAUACUUCACCCGACAGUUACGGCACUCAUGACUUUCUCUCGAAAGUGUUGCUCCCCCUGUCCGUCGUCCUUCCCGGCCGAUCCGCCAACCACGUCAGAGAGCGACGUCAUAUGUCUGUCGCACCCAGUCCAGGGACACACACGUGGUGUCUUUGACGACUGCGAUACCACGUACAGCCGACGAACGAACACCACCUUUAAGCAAAGUUCUCCGGUUCUUUGGAGUGCAGCGAACCCAACAGACGUUCUCCUCCUUUGAGAAUGACGACCUCUGGCCUUGGGGUGGAACGUCUACCUCUCAGAGGGAAUGCACGUCCUCUCACAGGUAGUUCAAGCCCUGGUCACAUAGCCAUGGCCUCCAUGGCGACAGCAGGCCGUCCCGACAGUUCCUCGAUCGUCACUGACUCGCCCCCUUGCUCCUGUUCUGUAACCCAAGCGUCCUUCCUCCCGAGUCUUGCCCUCUUGGCUUAAGACCCGGCCUCGAGGUACAAGUGAAGUUGGCGAUAGAAAUGCAUAAGUCGCUUCGACUGCAAACUAGUUGCUCAGUCCACACUUUUAAUUUUCUUAAACUUUGGCUUUGUAAAUCUUUCUUUGUCUUUUUCCAUUAUGGCAUUAUACACUCUUUUAUAUUAGAACGAAAGCGGAAAUGCAUCAGCUGUUCUGUGUCUCUGUGCCUCGAAGUGGAGACAAUGAUAGCGAUGUCAGUAUUUCUGUAUCGGUAAAACAGUUCUGUACAUUAAAGAAGAGACUAUUUUUCUUCUGCAGCCUCUUAUCUCCUUGAAAAAAAAUCAGACACCUAAUCCUUCUGGGAGGGCAGAGGUAGAACUCGCUGACAGCAGGUGAAAAAUGGGGUUAACUGGUAAAAGCCAUUGCGAGCUGUAUAUCCCUACUCAGUCUGUCUACACCUUGUCAGAGUAGUACUUAUUUGCUUAUAGAGCAACUAUCUGACCGCAGAGACUGUAGCAUUGUUACUCUGUGUCACGGGUUAGUUUUCACUCGCGUGACAGUUUGUCAGUUGACUCACUGGAUGUUGAAGGGAGUAACCAUUUCCUGAUUAAGAUUAGUGUGUCUAGGGACUGAACAUCCUCAUUAUUAUUGCUGCUCUUUCACACCAGUACACUUUGCCUUCUUUCUUCUUUCAGUGUCUGCUGAAGUUACUUUCACAAUCUGUGUAACUUAAUUUUCAUUAAAUGUUUUAUAAUGUCCAUCUAAGCAUUAUCUUCCUUUGACCACACAUUUUUGUCAGGGCUCCCCAUCACAAAAUGCAAGGGACUUACAAGUCACCCCAGUCAAGAUUGCCGGUUGUUUUAGCCUUCCUUUUUCUGAUAAAAUUAUUGAUAAUUAGAGUUCUUAUCAAUCAGUAGCCCCCAAAACGUACAUUUGCUAUUACUAACGUGACCGUUAUGUUUGGUGUGAUUUUUUUAGUAAAUAUAAAAUUUCACUGACUUUUGAUAACAUAUGAUGACAUCAGAUGUCACAUCCAGUUCACUACAAAAUGUCUUACACGAUAAGACAUCAACCUAAACUCUUUUAGGUUUUCUGACUUGAGAAGCAAGUUUUCUUUUCUUUACCAGGACCCGUUUCAUGUGAUUUACGUAUGCUUGUACAUGGGCAGCUCGUGUCCUGGCCAUGUAUGUCGCAUGUCAAGCAGGGGAGCGGGAGAAAGGAAGAGGGGAAGCUUUGUAUGAAAGAGAUCAUUCUUGUCAGUUGUCUUUCAUAAUCUUAAUUCUCCAAAAUAGCAGCUAAGACACACCUUGCCUGACUUCCUCAAUAUGCUGCUCCUUAUUGGCUGAAGACUUGCGAGGGGUGUGGGCUGUGGGUUCUCUCGAGUGGUCAACGUAAUGACAAUAUGAUGACGGAAACUCCAAAGUUGUCAGGCGGAUGACCGUGUGAUUGAUUGUGGAGAUGUACAUUAAUGGAAUGUGGAGGAGUCGUCAAAACUCGGCGCAGGACAGAGAAGGAGGCAGUCCAGACUUGCUGAUGACAGUGUUGUGUAAGAGGAACCAAGGAAGAAGCAAGUGCAUCAUUACAGGAUAGAACAGAAGACCUCCGUGAUAAGUCUCACACUCGAUCGGAUUCCUACGACACAGCUAUGACAUCGACUGAAGAGUAUAAACGAGAGAAAAGGCCUAGCUGGAAAAGAAGUCAAAGAUGCCGCAAGCGCAUGUCCACUCUCCUACACACACACGUGGCGCUCAUUGUUGUGUGCACGCUGGCAGCACUCGAUGCCGCCUGUGUCAUGGGCCAGGUCAUCUGCGACCUUCUCAUUGUGAAUGAGACUCUAACUAAUUGGAAGGAACUUAACGGUACUCUAACGCCAUUGCUAAAGGAAAACCUUCCUUUCUUGAAUUCGACGGUGGAAGACCUGCAGGACAUCAACGAUAAAUUGGCGUCACAUCGAAAGGACAUCCUGCUCAGUUCUCUUAGUAAGAACAUUAGUCAUGACAGGAUCUUUACAAAGUCAGACAACAUGACAGGUGAUUCCUCACCAAUUCCUGGUAACUCAAGCGAUGAGCACAUGACUAUUGGAAUCUUCAAACAACCAUUGGCAAACAUUAGGCACCGAAGAGCGGCCAACAAGCGUUUGGAUAAACACGAUCAAAUGCUGAACCACCUUACUCACUCAUUUCACAUCGGGUCGAUGGUAAUCCUCUCCUUCCUUCUUCUGGAGACUCUCCUGAAAGUAAUUGCGAUGGGGAAGAAAAUGCUUCAUCACAAGCUGGAGGUGUUUGAUGCCUUCAUCGUGUCUUCCUCAUGGGUUCUUGACGUCUACUUCUGGCAAGGCAUCUGGGAUCAACCACGAGAAGAAGCUGCCACAUUAUUGAUAUAUAUACUUCCGUGGCGUGUGGUCAGGAUUGUAAAUAGUUUCGUGCUGGUCAUCCAGGAGAAGGACCACGUGCAGUUAAAAAUCAUAAAGCAGAGGCUGCGGCUGUCCGCUAAACGGAGUAAGGAGACAACUCUCAAAGCCACAUCAUACAAGACUGAGGUGAAGCAGCUGCAAGGUCUGUGCCGGAAGUACGGGGCUACAGAAAACGAGAUCAACGCAUGCGGGCUAACAGGUAUGUAAUGCGAGCCUCGUGAU